AUGGCUUCACUAAGCAAAUCACUAUCAGCAAGGACAUGUUUGAUUACAGGAGGUGCUGGUGGCCUUGGUAAAUCAAUCGCUGUUGCAUUCUUGGCUGCUGGUGCGAAUGUGGUAGUUUGCGACAUCAACCAAAAAAUGCUUGACACGAUAGCGGUGGAUCUUUCGGACAAGGGACCUGUACUGAUAUCACAAUGUGACAUCACCAAUGCUGCCGAGGUGAAGUCCUUAGUCGAGAGGUCCAUUAAGCACUUUGGCACUCUGGACGUGCUAGUCAACUGUGCAGGCAUCACGGACCGCUUCGAACCUGUUGGGAUGGUGAGCGAAGAUAUCUGGAGCAAAGUCAUGGCCGUCAAUUUGACGGGAUCCUUCUUAAUGAGCAAGGAAGUCCUGCGCCAUUUCAUAGGCAGGAAAGCCGAAGAUGCUGCAAUCAUCAACAUUGGCUCGCUAGCUAGUCAAAGAGGAUGGGCCGGAGGCGCCGCUUACACGACGAGCAAGCAUGCCUUGGUUGGCUUGACACGAAGUACAGCUGCCUACUAUAAAAACCAAGGAAUCCGGUGCAACCUAGUAAUGCCAGGAGGAAUGAACACUACGAUCAUUACGAAGGGCCCGUACACGCAGAAUACGCACAGAGAAGGGCAAAGGCUGCUGGAUGUGGUGGUCGAUGCUUUAGCAACUCCAAUUUCAGAUACGAGAGAAGUGGCCAAUCUAUGCGUCUUCCUUGCAUCAAAAGGAUCAUCUGCUUUGAACGGAGCUCUGAUCACGGUUGACAAGGGGCAGACAUCGGUACUGUGA